AUGCCGUCGUGGGCGGCGCUGACAUCCUUUGUCCGGUCUGUGUCGAAUCUUCGUGCUGCGCCGGCUGCCACUGAUGUGACGAAGGAUCCGGAGCACCCCAACCCUGAGCCAACGAAGUCCGCUCUGGGAUCCAAGAGCGACGGGGUCGUUGGUGAGGAUGGGACCACGACGUUGCACAUCGCGGCGCGGAAUGGUCACACCGAAGUACUCCGCUGCCUUCUAAAGGAAGGCGGUGACGCUGACGUGGUCACAACGAGAGGCGAAACACCGAUCCUCCUCGCGGCUCAACAGGGGUACUUGGAAACAGUCAUCGUGUUGGUGGAAGCUGGAGCCGACAAGCAGAGAGCUGCAGAGCAUGGCCUGACUGCAGUGCACGCAGCUGUGGAGCGCGGUCACCUGGAAGUUGUCCAGUUCCUGAUCAAAGCCCGGGUGGACGUCGACCACGCGAAGGAUAGUGGUGCCACGCCACUGUUCCUGGCCGCCUACAAGGGUCAGGUGGCCCUGGUCCAAUCGCUGCUCGACGCAAGAGCAGACAAAGACCGUCCUGAACAUCAAGGAGCCACACCUUUGUUCAUUGCAUCCCAGAUGGGACACUUGGAUGUUGCGCAAUGCCUCUUGGAUGCGUCUGCAAAUCCGGAUCUUCAUAAAGCUCAUAACGUCUCGCCGCUGUACAUUGCCUCAGAGUGUGGGCACGCAGAGGUUGUACUAGCAAUUCUUGGGGCAGGAGCCGACAUGAACAAAGUGACAGAUCGAGGAACCACAGCCCUGUACAUCGCAGCGCAGGAGAAUCGGAUUGAGGUCGUGAGGCAUCUAUUGAUAGCCAGGGCUGAUGCUGACAUUUCCGAACACAAUGGAGCAACUCCAGCUCACAUAGCAAGCCAGAGCAGCAAUCUGGACAUCCUACACCACUUAAUCGAUGCAUCAGCGGAUAUAGACAAAACAAACAAGCACGGCGCCUCGCCGCUGUACUGUGCUGCUGAACAAGGGAAGUUGGGCAGCGUCCGUGUCUUGGUGCAAGCAGGUGCUCGUCAUAUGCCAACAAGUGCUGGCGUCACGCCCUUGUUCAUCGCAGCCAGACGAAACAACGUGGAUGUGGUACGAUAUCUCCUCGCAGCAAGGGCUGAUCCGGAGUUUGUGAAGGAUGAUGGGAGCACGAGCUUGUCCAUUGCAGCUCAGAAGGGCCACUGUGAAGUCGUUCGGUGUUUCUUGGCCGCAGGUGCCCAGCUCAGCAUCAACCCGCAGACAGGCGCCUCACCUUUGUUUGUUGCCUCGCAGAAAGGCCACGUGGAGGUAGCUCAGUGCUUGAUUGUGGCGCGUUCAGAGGUAAACCAGGUAACCUUUGAUGAGGCCAGUUCACUACUAAUUGCUGCACAGAGUGGCCAUCAAGACGUGGUGCACUGCUUGAUGGAAGCGGCGGCCGAUGUGGAUCUGCCGGACAAGCAGGGUGUGACUGCCCUACACGCAGCUGCGAGACAGGGCCACUUGGGUGUAGUUCAGCUGUUGAUCAACGGGGCUGCCGAUGUGCACAUUGCCCGAGACUCCGGCCUCGCACCACUUCACGUUGCUACGCAGGGUGGAUACCUGCAGAUUGUCCAGUCCUUACUGGAGGCCAGUGCGAACAAAGAGCAAAUGUGUACUGCUGGACGGACACCCCUCCACUGCGCAGCGGAGAUCGGCUACCUCUACAUUGCGCAGCAUCUGCUCGAUGCUGGCGUGGACAAGAACCGAGCAACGCACAGCGGAGCCACAUCACUGUGGUUUGCUGCCUCGGAGGGUCACAUGGAGAUGGUUCAGCUGCUGCUCGCUGCAACAGCCAACUGCGACGCUGCCACGCACGACGGCCUGAGUCCCUUGCACUCCGCCGUGCUAAGGGGCCACUUGCAAGUCGCAGGUGCUUUACUGGCCGGAAGUGCGAAUGUGGACUUGGCCACCAGAUCCGGCGUGCAUCCCCUCUUCAGCGCCGCGGAGUCGGGGCAGCUGCACAUGAUCCAGUGCUUGUUGGAAGCAAGCGCGGACAAAGACAAGCAGACCACCUGUGGAAGUACCGCCUUGCACAUUGCUGCACAACAAGGCCAGUUUCAAGCAGCAAGCCGGUUGCUGGCAGCGGGGGUUGAUUGCGAUCUUGUCGGAGGGAGUGGGCUUACGCCACUGCACCUUGCAGUCCAGAACGGCCAUGUGGAGGUCGCCAGCUUACUGCUGUCAGCAGGAGCGCAACCCAAUCGAGCCGAUGGCAAUGGUGUACUGCCAUUGGAAUAUGCAGCGCAGCAUGGGGGCAUACAGAUCGUGCAAGCCUUGUUGCAGGCUGAGGCGGAUGCGAACCAGCCAGGAGACAGUGGGCAGACGCCACUCUACGUCGCAGCCACAGCAGGUCAUGUCCAGAUCAUAAACUGCUUGGUGAAAGCACAGGCCGACCUUGACAGCAAAGGUGAGAGGAUGGCAUUGCACACUGCAGUUGAACAAGGCAACACUGCAGUCACGCGGUGCCUCCUUCACCAUGGAGCUCCCAGAGACACAUUCCGAGCAGAUGGCAAGACACCGCUUUGCAUUGCUGCAGAGCAGGGCAAUGUCGACAUCGUGAAAUGCUUAUUGCUGUCAAGGGCAUGCACACAGGUCGCGACCGCGGAAGGCAUGACACCUUUGCACAUUGCUGCUCAUUGCGGCCACCUGUCAGUCGUCCGCUCCCUCCUCGAUGCCAAGGCGGACAAGACGGCUGCUGCCAGGAAUGGUGAGACACCGGUAUAUCUGGCGGCACAGAACGGGCACCUGUCCGCCUUGCAUAGCCUGUUGGCUCAAGACACACCGUUCGACCAGGGCAAGGAGGGCAAGGAUGCAUCCAGCCCACAAAGCCUAGGGCUGAGGAGAUUGAAGAGGGGUUCUUCAGAGUCUACCUGGAACGCGCGUGUUCCAAUUGACAGGAUGCCGAUUUUCAG